CAUCCAAGAUCAUAUUGUCACCAUGCACCAGAACCUCGCUGCGUAUGAGAAAAUCUUCUCGCGGGCGCAUGCCAACUACUUGGCCCAGUUACAAGCCAUGUCGCUUAAUUCAGAAAAGAGAAUUAGUGAAAUGUUGUCGAAGUUAACAGUUCUUGGUACCGUUUCCGUUCCGUUACAUAUCAUUGCUGGGUUGUUUGGCAUGAACGUCACGAUCCCAGGCUACCAACAGGGGAAUGUGAAAUGGUUUGGCGGUAUUAUUGGAGUAAUGAUUCCUUUCAUUAUUUUUGCUUAUAUAGGCACCACUUUCUGGUUCAACAGAACGGGUAAAACUGACGACAAUGACGGUCUGGAAGCAAAAUCUCUUUCGAGAAUUUCCUUCAAAUCUAGAAGGUAUGCAGCAAAGUCUAUCCGCAGUUUACCCAGCGGACGAUUUAACAACUAUGUAUAGUUGUGAACCGUUGAAAGUGCAACGGGGAUUUAAUCAGCUCUAAUGAAU